AUGCUGGUCCCACUAAUGUUCUUGCCCGACCUGGAGGGAACCUCCAAGACACCGGAAUGUCGUUCCAAGACAAGGCUCAAGCCACAGCUACACACCCAGAAAAACCACAACUGCUACAAUGGCACCCGAACACUGCCGAUAGCCACUCUUGUUCGACCUCAGGACAACUCCACGCCAGACUCGGAUUCCCAACCCCAGCGCGAGGACAAGCCCAAGUCAGAAUCCAAAAACCAUAAAGACGAGUCUCCGCUUUACGAAAUCACCCUCUACUACCCUCACAACCGCGCCUGCACAAUAUAUCGCUCCAGGGAGGACUUUUGGCUCUUGAGAACAGGCCUUUUGUCAAGCUCGUCGUCCACCGCACCACAGCCGCUCACAACACUACCGACCGAGAACAGAGAAGAGAGCGAAGGAGACUCAGAAGAUGUCGACAAAUGGGAUGCAAUGCUGAAGGAGGCAUUAAAGAGAUUCAAAAAGAGUGGCCAUGGCCGUCACUCGGUUGAAUGGUUCUUGAGGCGGCGGUUAGGGGACUGUGAGCGGAUGGCGAGUGGAAAAGGCACAGGACUACCGACUGGGACGACAAGACGAGUGAGGAUCAAGAAACCCAGGAACAUGGACGAUAUGAAAACAACGGAUGAAAGAGCAGGAAUGCAAGGGUACCUAGUAGAUUUUAUGGCCAAAUUGGACGAAAAAGUCGCGGUCAGGGACGGAGUAUGUCUACAUGAGAAAGAUACGGAGGAAGAGGAUGACGUGAUAUCGAGAGAGAGUUGGACAGAUGAUGAAAGGGGGAAUGUCAAAGACGAAUCAGUCAAGGACGAGGGGAAGCGCAAUAAUAACGGCAGACAGCCAGAUCGAGAACGGGACGAAGCCAACGACAACACGACCGAGGUCCCGACGGCAGAAGAAACCAAGGAGAGACAGUCUAAUGGUACAGAGGUUGUGAUAGGUCUGGACAUGAUCUCAAUCUCUCAUUCCAAGCCUCUUCCCGACCUCAGCAAACUUGAAGGACAGUCCAUUGCCGCUAGGAGGAAAAGCAGGCAAAUGAUUGAUAAGACAGGACCCUUGGACCAGAAGACAGUACCCAGUACUGAGGGAACCCUUCAAAGAAACAUGGAUAAUGUCGAGACGUCAAAAUUGAACUCGGAAUCGGCGGUGGGGGUUGACACAGACGAGGACUCGUCAUCCGACGGCACAACGGUGCUUACACCAACGUCAAGUAGCGCUGGUGAAAUGUCGCCGGGCGAUCCACCUCCCAAUGAGGCUCACAUGUACAAGUUUAUGUACUCCCCAAGAGCCUCAGAUUCCGACUGGGGUCCUGAAGAUUCUCAGUCUUCACCAACAAAAUGA